GAUUAUCUCUGUUAUUGGAAUUUUUUAUAGAGAACCAUGUCAACAGGACAAAUGGAUGAUAUUAAUUCCCUUAUUGACUAUUUGGAGUUGAUUGAUAUGCCCAAGGCUGCAGCUGCUGUAAAAGCACUUUCAAAAAAAAUCUCGAAUAAGCGAGACUUUUCUAUGUGCGAUGAUGCUAUUUUCGAUGAACUAAAGAAGCUGAAGCUAUCAUUAGAUGAAGAGUGGAGUUCCAGUGUUAAUAAUGGAACUGAAGCGUCGAGUUCAAGUGCAUCUUCUAGCAGUUCUGAUUCUUCUUCUGAAGAGAAAUCGGGUGAGGACUCUAGCUCGGAGUCUGAGUCUGAGGAAGAAAAGAAGGAAGAGGAAAAGGAGGAAUCAUCUAGCUCCGAUAGUUCCGAUAGCUCCGAUAGCUCCGAUAGUUCUGAUUCUGAGGAAGAAGAAGAAAAGAAGGAAGAGGAAAAGGAGGAAUCAUCUAGCUCCGACAGCUCCGAUUCUAGCUCCGAUAGUUCUGAUUCUGAAGAGGAGAAGGAAGAAGAAGAAGAAAAGAAGGAAGAGAAGGAAGAGGAAAAGGAGGAAUCAUCUAGUUCCGACAGUUCCGACAGUUCCGACAGUUCCGAUAGCUCCGAUAGUUCUGAUUCUGAGGAAGAAGAAGAAAAGAAGGAAGAGAAGGAAGAGGAAAAGAAGGAAGAAUCGUCUAGUUCGGAUUCUAGCUCCGAUAGCUCUGAUAGCUCGGAUUCUGAGGAAGAAGAAGAAAAGAAGGAAGAGUCGUCCAGUUCCGAUAGUUCUGACUCGGAUAGUUCUGAAAGUUCCGAUUCUGAGUCUGAGUCUGAAGAAGAGAAGAAGGAAAGCUCGUCCAGCUCGUCUAGCUCAUCGAGUUCUGAAUCUGAAUCUGAAUCUAAGGAGGAAGAAGAAAAGAAGGAGGAAUCAUCUAGUUCCGAUUCUAGUUCCGAUUCUGAAUCUAAGGAGGAGGAAGAGAAGAAGGAAGAGAAGGAAUCAUCUAGCUCCGAUAGUUCGGACAGUUCCUCUUCGGAUAGCUCGGAUUCUGAGGAAGAAGAAGAGGAGGAAAAGAAGGAAAGCUCGUCUAGCUCUGAAUCCAGCAGUUCUGAAUCGGAGGAAGAGAAGGAAGAGGAAAAAGAAGAAAAGGAGGAGGAAUCGUCCAGCUCUUCUUCGGACAGCUCCGAUGAUAGCUCCGAUUCGGACAGUUCUGAUUCUGAUUCUGAUUCUGAGGAAGAAAAGGAAGAGACAAAGGAAUCGUCCAGCUCUUCUUCGGAUAGUUCCGAUUCAGACAGCUCGGAUGACACUUCCGAUGAUAGUUCCGAUUCGGACAGCUCCGAUUCCGAUAGUUCGGAUUCCAGCAGUGAUUCCAGCAGUGAUUCCAGCAGUGAUUCCAGCUCAGACUCGUCCUCCGAUCCGGACAGCUCCGAUUCCUCCUCCGAGGAAGAAGAAGAGGAGGAGAAGGCGAAGCCUGCAGAGGUGGAGUGGGUUCCCAAGGAACUUCCGCCUCCAGUCAAGCCUCUUCCAGCCUCGGAUCACACUCCCUUCAAGCGCGUCGAUGAGUCCUGGCUGAACACCAUCCAGAAGAAGGAGCUCCUCGAUAAUUCCUAUGAAGGAACCUAUGGAAACACUGGCUAUGGAGCCAAGGCCAGCAACGUUCUGAUCAAGGUGAGAGGAAAAGACUUCCGUCGCGAAAAGACGAAGAAGAAGCGAGGAAACUACAUGGGCGGCCGUAUCAGUUUUGACGUGAAGUCUACAACGUUUGAUGAGUAAUAAAAAGUGUAUUUAAGAAUUGUUUAGU